UACACAACAUAACGACAUAACCUUUAAGUUAUCUCAUUUUUUAAUUUGUAUGUAUUUUCUUAGAUUUUAAAAAGCAAGUAGUAUGUUUUCGUCUAGCCGAAAAAAAAUUAUUUCUACGUCUCUGAAAGGUUUCAGAUGCAACUCUCAAACUGCGGAAGCCCUACAAGUAACUAAUAGGCUGGCAUCUAAUAAAACAAAACCAUCUCAAUUAAAGUUUUCGCGAAUUUAUCCAGAAUUUUUACCUGAUCCUAAAAUAGAAUUUAGAAAUCCCCUUAGAGAAAUAAUAGAACGCAUGGACAUGUUAAACAGAAGACGCAAUGUUCAUAUACCGGAAUUUUACGUUGGUUCAAUACUGUCAGUAACAUAUUCUGAUAAGCACAACCCAGAAAAGCUAAAUUGUUUUGUGGGUAUUUGUAUUAAAAGAGAAGGUUGUGGUCUUAGAGCCAAUUUUAUCCUCAGAAAUAUUAUAGAUUCACAGGGUAUUGAGAUUCUGUUUGAUAUUUAUGAUCCCACAAUACAAAGAAUAGAUGUCUUGAAAUUGGAAAAACGACUAGAUGAUGAAUUACUCUACUUGAGGGAUGCUCUACCAGAAUACAGCACUUUUGAUAUAAAUAUGGAAGCUGAAGUAUUACCUGAAGGAAGUGAAAUACCAAUAAAUCCAAUUAAAGUAAAAUUAAAACCAAGACCUUGGUUGGAGAGAUGGGAAAGGAAAAAUUUAAAAGGUGUCCAAGACUUAGAACUACCUGAGAAAUUUUACAAAAGAGCUGCUGAACUUGCAGACACUACAUCUCAAUAUGAUUUAAUGAAACAGUACAUGAAAACGAUUCCAGUUGAAGAACAGUAUCAAAUAUUUUCUGAAAUUGAAUCAGAAUUAAAUCAACUUGAAAUUGCACAGAAGAAGCAGAAGAGAAAGAAAAGCUUUGUAAAACCAGUAAAAUUGGCUUAAAUGAAUUAAACUGUAGUGAAUGAAAAUGUGAAUAAAUGUUUCUUUGUUAAAAAUUA